AUCAUGUUUUUUUUUUUUUGUAUGUGUUUUUUUUUCUCUUCCUAAAAUGAUUGUUUUGUUUUAGAUUCUAGCCAAGAGUACACCGAUUCUACUGGAAUAGAUGUACAUGAAUUUUUAGUGAACACACUGAAAAACAACCCAAGAGAUAGAAUGAUGCUGCUAAAAUUAGAACAAGAAAUUCUCGACUUUAUCAAUGACAAUAGCAAUCAGUUUAAGAAGUUUCCACAGAUGACCUCAUAUCACAGAAUGCUUUUACAUCGUGCCGCUGCUUACUUUGGCAUGGAUCAUAAUGUAGACCAAACUGGCAAAGCCGUGAUCAUCAAUAAAACAAAUAACACACGAAUCCCUGACCAAAGGUUUUCUGAACACAUCAAAGAUGAAAAGAGCUGUGAAUUUCAGCAAAGGUUUAUCCUUAAGAGAGAUGAUGCCAGUAUGGACCGGGAUGAUAAUCAGAGGAAACAGAGACUUGCUGAGUCGAGGCUCUAGUAGUCGGCAAAGCAGCACUGAAAGUCAAUUGAAGUCUCUAGACCCCAGGCCCUGGAGUAGCACAGACUCUGAUGGCUCCUGUCGCAAUAUGCGCCCUCCGGUUACCAAAGCCAGCAGCUUCAGUGGAAUCUCCAUCCUAACGAGAGGGGACAGCAUUGGCAGUAGUAAGAGCACCACAAAUCGCCCUGGCAG